ACUCGCAUCAUGGUGGCCGGAGAGCUCGUGCAGGAGCAUCUGCGCGCGGAUGCCGGCGCACCUGACGACAUCACGGUGAAGCCUCACGAGCCGCAGGGAGAAGCCGAGCGGCGCGCGGAUCACACACACGGAGCGGCGCCGGCGGGCGGGGCCGAGGAGACGGACACAAGCCGGGAGCAGGAGCAGGAGAAGGACGCGUCGCCGCCGGAUGAAAGAGCGGCGAUGCUACCCAACGGAGGAGGCGGGGAGGAAGAGGAGGCGGUUGGGAAGAAGCUCGAGACGAAACUGUACCGGCGCCGGUUCGCCGUGCUGACCGUGUUCAGCCUGUACUCGCUGGUGAACGCCUUCCAGUGGAUCCAGUACAGCAUCAUCGCCAAUGUGUUCACCGCGUACUACGGGGUGACCAACGACAAGGUGGACUGGCUCUCCAUCGUCUACAUGGUCGCCUACGUGCCGCUCAUCUUCCCCGCCACCUGGCUGCUGGACCGGAAAGGUCUGCGGCUGACGGCCCUGCUGGGCGCCGGCCUCAACUGCGCCGGCGCUUGGCUCAAGUGCGCCAGCGUGAGUCCCAAUCUGUUCGGAGUCACCGUCACCGCGCAGGUCAUCUGCUCCGUGGCACAAGUGUUCAUCCUCGGCCUGCCGUCCCGCAUGGCCUCGGUGUGGUUCGGACCCCGGGAGGUUUCCACCGCGUGCGCCACGGCCGUGUUAGGGAACCAGUUGGGAACAGCCAUAGGCUUCCUGUUGCCUCCAGUUUUGGUUCCGAACACACCUGAAGACGUUGAACUGACGGGUCACAAUAUCAGCAUCAUGUUCUACGGCACAGCGGCUGUCUCCACGGUGCUCUUCAUCCUCACGGUUAUAGUCAUAAAGGACCGACCUCCUCUCCCUCCCAGUCAAGCCCAGGCUGUCUUGCCUGACACCCCUCCUGAAGAUUACUCCUACAAACAGUCCAUCGUCAACCUGAUAAAGAACAAAGCCUUCGUCCUGCUGCUCGUUAGCUAUGGUAUAAUGACUGGUUCCUUCUACUCUGUCUCAACGCUUCUCAACCAGAUGAUCAUGGCCUGCUAUGAGAACCAGGAGCUGAAUGCCGGGAGAAUUGGUUUGACUCUCGUCGUCGCUGGGAUGGUCGGCUCCAUCCUCUGUGGUCUGUGGCUGGACCACACAAAGACAUACAAGUUCUUUAUGACAGGUUACUUGCCUCUUGGCUUUGAGUUUGGAGUGGAGAUCACAUACCCAGAGUCUGAAGGGACAUCGUCUGGACUCCUCAAUGCUUUCGCUCAGAUAUUCGGCAUCAUUUUCACUCUGAUUCAGGGAAAACUGACCACAGACUACAAUCCGCUGGCUGGAAAUCUUUUCCUCUGCGCCUGGAUCUUCCUGGGAAUACUUCUCACUGCCUUAAUAAAGUCAGAACUGAAAAGACACAAUGUCAACAUGGGAGCAGAAAGCAACCACCUGCACGCGCUUCCCUCUGACUGUCCCGGGGACUGCCCUUUAGAGAAGAAAAGCAACGGAGUCAAGCUGGAGCCCUCGAUCAGCUUCUCCCGUGAAACCUCGCUGUGACCUGCCAAAGUCACUGGACAGCUAAGACGGUCUCUAAGAAACACGCCAGCUCCACAGUCUACGUGAAGCUCCUGAAGGGGACAGCUGAUUUUUUUUUUACCAAGUAUAAUCUCCUCAGUAACUGGAAAGCUGGAAUCUGCAGGCGUACGCCAACGCUAAUGGAGCACAGGCACGGUUUAUGGUGGAUUCAGACCAGGUGACCAGCAUGCUAUAGAGGGAGGUGAUCAGUGCUCCAUUCAAGCCUUCAAAGAUCCUCUGAAUGUCUUGAGGCCGCUGACAUGUGCAGAGAGGAAGAAUCAUUUCACAGAACUGUGAGCUUCCUCUUGGACACGUUGCUGUGGAUGCAUAAACAAGUAUGCAAGCAAUGACAUGCAGAAGAAGCUCCACUGCACUUUAUAUCCUGAGUCAAGCAUGGCACAUAGUUUCCUUAUUUGAUGUGAAUCCAGUUUGGCUUCCAAUUCCUGGAUUCCCAUUGGGAUUACAAGAGCAGGUGAAGAGAGCCGUACUGCAGCCACUGCCCACCGCACCGGGCCAACAUUUCCUGAGUUUACUUGAAUUACGUUGAUGCUCCGGACUACAUUUGUGAAAAUGAUCAUUCUUUACAUGUUGAUAAUCCAAGAGGAACUUUGACUCAGAUUCAAUCCAAUCAGUUUUGAGGCUGCUUCAAAGAAGCAUAGGCAGAAUAAAUCAUGUUUAUUUUAUAAAAGAGGGAGCAUUUAUCUUAGUCGGGCCAAAAAGCAGCUGCAGUUCAUUUUGCAUUUUGCUGGUUGGACUAAUGAUAGCAGUGAUUCCUGACAUGUAGACAAACAUGUAGUACAUGAAAGUAAACGCAUCUUCCUCUGCUGACCCCAAAGCAUCCAGAAAUUCUCACAGGUUUUUAUUUGCUGGGUCUUUUAGGAGAGAGAAUUUACAUAUGAAUGUUUUUUUUUUUUUUUGUCAAGAUGGCGUCAUUCUGUUAAUGUUUCUGUUUUUCUGUUAGGAAAAAUAGGACACAGUAGUUCAUGGUUAUUCUGGUAGAUUAAUCAUAUCAACUGGACUUGCUUGCUGACGUUCCACCUCUCAUCCA